AUGUCUUUCUCCGUGAAAGGUCGGAGCAUACGUGGCAACAACGGAGGAGGAGGAGGGACGGGGACGAAGUGUGGGAGAUGGAAUCCGACAGUGGAGCAGUCGAAGAUAUUGACGGAUCUGUUUAGAGCCGGUCUUAGAACUCCGACCACCGACCAUAUUCAGAAAAUCUCCACGGAGCUCAGUUUCUACGGCAAGAUCGAGAGCAAGAACGUUUUCUAUUGGUUCCAAAACCAUAAGGCUAGAGAAAGAAACAAACGCCGUAAGCUCUCAAUUGAUUUUGAUCAUCAUCAUCAUCAAGAAAAUGACCAUAUCUCUCAUCAUCAUCAUCAAGAAAAUGACCAUAUCUCUCAUCAUCAUCAUCAUCUUCAUUUUCGUCAACCAUCAACUAGAGAUGUUUUUGAGGUAAACGAAGAAGAGGAAGAGAGAGUAGUAGAGACGUUACAACUCUUUCCCGUGAAUUCGUUCGAAGACUCCAAAGUGAAGAAAAUGAAAAGCAGAGGCAUUAACCAGCAACGUGAAUACAUUCGAGAGACUAAUACGACGGCGUUUUCUUCGUACUCAUCAUGUGGAGCUGAGAUGGAACAUCUAUCGCCGUUGGAUCUUCGACUAAGCUUUCUUUAA